UGGCGAGUGCCCUUUCACCGUUCAUCUUUCAAAAUGCCAUCGGAAAUUAUAAUAAUAUUUGCAUUAAUGUUCCUAAAAUCAAACGGUGAAAGUUUCCCUCCAAGAAUAAGAUUCGACAGAUCAUCAAAUGAUACGGUUCGAGUUGCAGUAAUAUUACCAAACUCCUCUACUUAUCUAGCUUCGAUUACACGAGUUUCUCCAGCAAUUCGCUUAGCUAUUGAUAAAGUUCGAAGUCAACAAGUUCUGCAUGGAUGGAAGUGGGAUGUUCAUUAUCUGGAUUCGCAGUGUAGUACAGCUUAUGGGCCUAUGCAUGCUGUCAGAGCUUAUAUAGAAGAUAGAAUUCAUUUAUUUCUGGGACCCGUCUGCGAUUACGUUACCGCAUCAGUGGCUAGACUUUUGAAAUUUUGGGAUGUUCCUCUUCUUACUAGUGGGGCUUUGGCUUGGGAUUAUGGUCUCGAUAAAUCUCAUUUCGAUACUGAAUAUUAUCUUCUAACCAGAGUUGGUCUUUCUUUUAAUGGGGUUACCUCCUUUAUGUUCGAAGUUUUCAAAUACUUCUCUUGGAGGAAAGUUUUACUCUUAUAUGAUUCGACGGCAAGGAGUGAGGUGGCUAAUGAAGAUUAUUGUGUACUGUGGACAAAAGCUUUAGUGAAACAUCUUCGACACUAUGGUAACUAUUCUUGGCAACCUUACAAAUUGGCAUCUGACUUAAACUAUGAAGAAACUAAGAAGACUCUUAUUAAUGAAAUAGGAGUCAACUAUGGAAGUAAGUUUUUGUUUGUUUUAUUUACUUUAAAAAAAUUCUUUAUAGUGUGA